AUGCAUUUGCUGAAUAUUGUGAUCUUCCUUUUAGUAGGUUUUGACAGCUUUGUUUUGGGUAUACGUAAUGUUAUUGAACCGAAGCCCAAGACAACAAGCUCGGAAGAAAUCAGACCGUGGAUGAGAACAAUCUAUUCUACUGUCAAGGAGGUUGUCACUCCCACCGUGAUCGCGGGGGUUACGUUUUCUCGUAAGCCCUUAGCGACGCCAGAUCCUUUAGAACCUUGGGUUUCUUUGAAUAAAGAAGGUCUGCCUAAGACGAUCAAACCUAAAAUAAAAAAUGGGCGCACCGAAAAUGCGUCGCCAACCUACAGCACCUAUUUUAAGACCGUCAGCACCAAGACUUUUGACUAUGAAGAGUUGCAAGCACACAACAUGGAUCCCAAUGACGUCUACGAAGAAGAAGUCUUUGAAGAUGAAGACAAGACGUACGUGUCUUUGAAUCCGAUUAUCAGAUGUACUCCAGACCGGUACCUUAACAAGGGACUUGCCAAGAAUGUUCCAAGCGAGCCUUUCUGCACCCCGCGUGAAAACAGCGAGUUGAAAGUUGGUAAGACCUAUUUUGUGACUUGGUACACCAACUUCUUCCGGAGCGAGCUGACAGACGAGACCGCUGAAAAAGUCCGGAUUCACUUGUCUUAUGUGAGAGAAAAAUCACAUGAAAAGGGUUUUGGCAAAAGAGAUAUGCGUGCGACAUUUUUCAGUUCAGAAUGGAUAAGAAACGUCGAUGGAUUAUAUCCGCUUGAAAUUUACGAAGAAUGGCUAAAUGGCAAGUAUGAGCGUAAGGUGGUCUUGUCGGUUCAACCAUCUACCAUCCCGGACGAUGAAUUCAAUCAUUUGGAGCAUGGUUUGCUCAUAAAUAUCGCGCUUGGCUCGAGAGUUUUCAAGAAAACUAAAGAACAAUUGGCUCUGGAGGAUGCUGGAAUUAUGGACGACACUUGGUACUACGUGGCGCUAUCGAUUCCCACAGCCGUUCUUAUUGCCUGUGUGGGCAUGUAUUUCUUCUUGUAUUUGAACAGGCAUAACCGUGAUAUUAGCGAUGUCAGACGGUUUGCGCUAAGCAAGAGGCGCCGGGUCAUUGGUAAAUUCAAAGAUAUGAAAAAAUACAAGAAUAUCAACAAUCGUCGCUACGAUGAGCUUCCGUCAUACAACAAGAAGAACAGUAAACAAAGUUAA